AUGGAUUCUUGCCCCGUUAUGAAUGUCGAUAACACUGACAUUGACAUGCAGCAUCCCAAGUUUCAGCCAGAAGAUGUACAAACAUCUCAUGACGCGGAUUUAUUUGAUGAUGAUGAAGAUGACGAUAAGGAUGCUGGUGACUCCAUGGAUGCUGUCAGUCAGCCUCCCACCAGUGUGCCGCGAGUUGAAAAGAGGGCUAGAGAUGAAGUGAUAUCUGGGAAGUGUCGCUUUCGUGAAGUUGACUAUUCAGAGACACUUCGCCAGACUGUGUAUGAACAACAAGAAUGUAUUAACAAUACUAUAGAGGAAACUGAAGUGAUACGCCGAGAAGCUCAAGACCACAUUGAGGAGCAACGACGUCUUGCUGAAGAAGAGCGUGAGCAUCACAUGCGCGAUUUCAAUGAGAAAACUUGGCAAUGGGAAGCGGCUCUGAGAGAGCGAGAGCGGGAAAAGCAAUUAAGUGCAACAGAUACAUUCAAGCAGCAGCAAGCACUACUGAGGAAGAAUGUUGCUGAAGAACUAGCAUGA